CUAUCACAGUAGGAAGCUAGGAGGAAAAUCAAAGCAACAAAGUUGCCGGCCGGCCGAGAGAAGCAACCAUGAGACCUCAGGCGUCGUUACUCGUCGUCACACUGGCUGUUAUCGUCGUCGUCCUUGCAGCUCUGCCACUCAGCAAAGGGACGGAGGAGGAAGGAGGAGGGGCGGCAGUCGCCGCCGUGGACGCCGCCGGAACGAGCUCGUGGCCAUGCUGCGACAAGUGUGGUUUCUGCUACGUGUCUGACCCGCCGCAGUGCCAAUGCCUGGACUUCUCGACGGUCGGGUGCCACCCAGAGUGCAAGCAGUGCAUCAGGUACACCGCCGACGGUGGCGUCGACAUCCCGCCCGUGCACGCCUACCGCUGCGCCGACAUCCUCUUCAACUUCUGCGAGCGCCGCUGCAGUACUCCCGCCGCAGUUGCUGCUAGCACCAAGUAGACGGAUGCAUAUGCAUGCCAUCGUUGCCGCCGUGUGUGCCGCUUCAGAGAAGAACUAAAUAAAUGUUACCGCAUGCUCUUGAUGCGUGCAUGCCUCUCCUCCUUGAAUAAACCAAUAUUUCUAUAAUUAUUGUAGUAUGUCCAACUUUCUUAAGUUUGAAAAAUAAAUGGCGCUGCUUCAUAUGAUGCUGGUGUCCAUGAAUUAACCUGCAUCAUCGUCACUUCACUUCACUUAUGGUCUGCUUUGCAUGAGGUUUUCAUGUUACUUU